AUGUUGGGUAUGCUGAGAAUUCUAUUUGGUCUACUACUAGAGCGAAGUCUCGCUACACCGAUCGCGAAUGUUUGGCUGAACCCCUUGGGAUCUCUAACACCGUUACGACAGUUUCACGUACAGGACGGAUCUGGGGGAUACCAUUAUUCCUUUACCGGGCCUCAUCAAGCGAAAUCGGAAUCGAGCUCGAACGGAAUCACACGGGGCGGUUAUUCUUACGUCGACGCGAACGGAAUCUUGCAAACGGUGACUUAUACCGCCGACGAUCAAAACGGGUUUCGUGUGAGCGCCAGUAAUUUGCCACAACCGCCGAGGAACGAUCUACAGGCGAUCCAGGACACGCCGGAAGUGGCGGCCGCGAAGAAGAGCCACUUGGAGGAGCUGCAGAAGUUGCAGCUAAGGGACCAGCCGAACUAUCAGUCGAACAUUCUAUCGUACAAUGUACUGCCGCCGUAUUUCAGUUUCGGACGGUUGCGAAACGACGACGAGAAGAACCUGGCUGUUCGAGAGAUCGCGCACACCACGAAGAAUCCGUUCCUCCUUCCGCGUUCCGAGGCGGACCAGAUUAAAGUCCCAAAACCGGACCCCAGUCUCGUGAAAUCGCAAUCACCGCCAUCUUUAUCGUCGUUGUCACCGGUAAGCUCACAGAGUCUAGGUCAACAGAACGCUCAAGAGCUCCAAGGAAAUUCCCUGCAACCAGUGAAACGCGUGUCGCUCGACAACGUUCCAAAAUCGACAUCGCUUCCUGGUUCCUACGUGCUUCCGGUUCUACCUUACCGACUGCUCCACAGCGCCCUCCAUCACACCCAGGACUCGCGUGGCCAAUACGAUUACACGUAUAUCGGCGAUAAUAGCGCGAAAACCGAGUCAAGGUCCCUUGACGGAACCACAAGAGGCGCGUACAGUUACAUCGACCCGAACGGAAUCGUACAACAGGUCCAUUACGUGGCGGAUCACAAUGGAUUCAGAGUCCUCGCGACCAACCUUCCAGAGGCCAAGUAA